AUGUCUGUUUUCUGGACUUUCUUUGCGGUUCUCCUUGUUUAUUUAAUGGUGCAGAAGAGUUAUGCUAUUGUGGUCUACGCAAAAGUUGGUGACUCGGUUGUCCUACAUCCAGGUCGGAGUUUUGAUAACAUCACUUCCAUUAGCUGGGGGCAUGAAAUGAGCCCUGUCUUGGAGUGGUUUGGACAGGACAUUAUUCCUUCCAAAUGUUAUAAAGGUCGCAGUGAUGUGGAGAAAACAACAGGAAGUCUGAUCAUCCACAACCUGACAGUCAAGGACACCGGCGGCUACACACCUCAGAUUAACACCUUGAUUCUUAACCCAGUGGUACUCAAGGUCAUCGAACCGGUCCCAAAACCGAUGGUGUUCUUAAAAUGCAACGUUAGGCGAACCCUCUGUGACCUCACCUGUAAAGCCAACACCAGUUCUCAGUUUGGACCCGUCACGUAUAAAUGGGAAGCAGGAAACAAGGUGGUGUCCACUGAUAAUCAGCUGAGCUUAACAGAGAAAGAUCUAAGUCGUGCUUACACCUGCAAGGUGAAAAACCCUGUUAGCACCUCGACCAGCGAUGAGGUGGCUGCCCCUGUUGAUAAAGGGUUUCAUCCUGCAGCAGUGGCGGUACCAGUUGUGCUUGUAGUCCUGGUUCUGGUUGUGGCUGGUGGCUAUGUUAAGCACAGGAAAGAGCAAAAACAAGCACAGAAUGUUGAAGAAGCCAAUGAUGAGACGUCUGCUACGAGCCUGAAAGCCGUGAGGAGAAAUGGUAAGAUUAGAUCAUUUAAAGUCUGGAUUCAUCCCUCAUUUCUUUGCACUUUAAUCGAAAGCAGACAGACGUCCUUGUUGUCCUCUAGAGCCGCCUCAACCAACAUAACACCAUAUUUCUCCAGUUUACUCAACAGUAAUUUAUGACUUGUAGUGUCAAAUGCUUUGUUUGCUCCCACAGCA